GAUUUCCUUCGCUAGGCGCGAACCUAAAAAGGGAAAAAAUUCCUCUCUAAAGAGUUUUUUUUUUUUUUUUUUUGGCCUUCUGCAAACAACAGAAUUCACGAAGCAGACGGCGCAUAAUAGCAUAUUCAAAUCGAGCCGCUAACAGGGCCGCGCCGGAGCCGCUUCCCGUAGUCGUCGUCGUCCCCUUCUUCUCCGUAACCAUCGGCUCAUGGAGUCGCCGCCGUUUGGCCGAUACACGCCUAAAUCGAAAAAGCGAGUCUUCGUUGGUAGCAGUUCAUCUGUAAUGGACCCGGAGGUGGUAGAAAUUAAGCUUCCGGCUUUGAUUUCUCAGUCAUCUGACUCUAAGAAGCUCAAGCAGAAAGAGGUUAAUCACCAUGAAAUAAUUGAUAUCGAUAUUGAUGAAGAUUCUUCUGAUCUUAUGAUCAUUGAUGAGAAAGUUGAUAGAAAUAAAGGCAAGGCAAUAAAAAAUGUUUCUGAUGGUUAUUUCAACUACCAAGCCAAGGAUGCGGUCACAAAUAAUCAUGCCAGUCCUACUACUGCAGUAAACCUUGAAUCAUUAGAUGGAUUUCCAUCUUCCAAGAGCUUUGCCCCAGGAGUACAUAGUUCCAUCAAUAUAGAUGGUUUUGUGUCUGAUUUAUCUUAUGAUGAUGAUGAUAAUACUGAUAUUUAUUCUGAUGAUUUUAUGGAUGAUGAUGAGUAUGCAAUAUUGCAAGCCCAUUUUGAUAAUGUGGAUAUUCCUCCUGGCGUAGAGGCACCUAUUCCCUGGCUGCCAGUUUCUGCCCGAAGUAAGAAGAAGUCAUCAUCUACUGCAAAUAUUUCAUCCUAUGUAAAUAAGCAAACCCAACCAAUUGAUCUGUCUCUAAAUCAGUGGUUUCCUGAACCUGCCCAGUUUAAAGCAGGACCAACUUCAGUUAAUGGUACAAGCUCACAAAUCCAAGUAGAUGCUGUGAGUCAGCUACCUAAGUUGGAAUCGUCUUCAUCCUGGUUAUAUCCAGAAGCUGGCCAAAUUAAAAAGAAGCCAAAUCCUUUUGCUGCCUCAACUUAUUCAAGUUCACUAACCCAAAUGGGUACUGCAAAUCAUUCUACUGGGUUAGAACAGUCUACAGCUUUGCAGUUUUUGGGACCUACACAAAGAAAAAAGAUGCCAACUUCUGCAAAUGGUUCUCAUAAUUCUGAAACUCAGUUGGAUAACUUGGAUGCAGUGAAUUUCCUUCCUGAAUGGACAACAUGGGGAUCUCCUUCUCCUGUUGGUGUCGGUAUGAAGAAACCAGCUAGUAAGAGUAGUUCAAGUCAUUCUAGUUUCCAUGCACAGACGGGCUCUCUGAAAAUGCUUCCUGGAGCAGAGCAAUUUCCAUAUUGGUGGCCAUCUCCUCCCAUCUCUUCCAUAUCGAACAAGGAGCCAUCUUUUAUGGGCGAUCCAGCUUUUUUCAAUUUUUAUGAUCCAUUUGAUCCUGCACAUAUCGUUCCUGAGGAAGACGCAGAUUACUCUUUGGUUCUGGAUCAUGCAGGAAGUCCAAAGAAUGCAAAUGCAACUGCUGCAGGAAGUUCAGCAAUCUCUUCUGAAACAAUCCCAAACAGGGGAAAGGGCAGGAACAAGGAUGAUAUUCUCAAUAAGUUUCGACUUUUCAAACAAUUUGACACUGUCCAAGAUCAUUCGGACCAUCAUUAUUCUUGCAAUGGUUCUUCACAUACACAGCCAUCAAAGAAUUGGGCAAAGAAAAUUCAGGAGGAGUGGAAGAUCCUGGAGAAAGAUUUGCCAGAUACAAUAUCUGUGAGGGUUUAUGAAACACGAAUAGAUCUUUUGAGGGCAGUGAUUGUCGGAGCAGAGGGCACUCCCUACCAUGAUGGUCUCUUCUUCUUUGAUGUUUUCUUUCCUGUUGACUAUCCUAAUGCGCCACCGCUUGUCCAUUACCGUUCUGGUGGCCUUCGACUCAACCCAAAUCUGUAUGAUAAUGGGAAAGUAUGCCUGAGCCUUCUAAAUACUUGGUCUGGUGACCAGAAUGAGAAGUGGAUUCCUGGUUUAUCGACCAUGCUGCAGGUUCUGGUCUCAAUACAAGGGUUGAUUUUGAAUGCAAAGCCCUUUUUCAAUGAGCCUGGUUUUGCAUGUAUGAGUGGUUCAGCCAGUGGUGAGAAGCGGUCCCUGCAAUAUAAUGAGAACACAUUUAUCCUAUCAUUGAAGACAAUGUUAUAUUCGAUGAAGAAGCCACCAAGGCAUUUUGAGGACUUCGUUUUGGGGCAUUUCUGCAAGCAUGCUCACGACAUCUUAGUGGCAUGCAAAGCCUAUAUGGAUGGUGCCCAAGUGGGUUGUCUCGUCAAAGGUGGGGUUCAAGAUGUCGAUGAGGGUGACAAGAGCUGCUCCAAGAGGUUCAAGGACAAUCUGGCUGUGUUCAACAACUUGCUUGUGAAAACCUUCACAAAUAUUGGAGCUACUGGCUGUGAAAAAUUCCUAACCAAGGAACCUGAGAAACCCCCUCCUCCAGAAAGAUUAAACAGACGAGCGGGCAAGUCACUUAAGGGAGUAAUUAUCGCCUCUUGAUUAGAAGCCGUUUUUCCAACUUGGCAUAAAAGCUUUUUCAGUGUAUUAAGACAUGGAGUCUUGGAUCUUCUUAUAGUUUAGACUAAAUUAUGGAGCAUGGAAUGCUGAUACUAAUAUCGGUAUAGAAAUGUUUAUGGAUGGCUGUAAAUAGGUGUAGAUAUAUGGAUGGGGCUAGAGAGAGUCCAUUAUCUCAUUUCCUAGUAUAUAAUAGAAGAACUGAUGCAAGAGCUCCUAAUCUUAAUCUAUAAGAUGCUGCUCAUCAUUGUUAAUCCUUCUCAUGCUAAUGCUUUAAUCCUGACUAGUUGUCAUGGACCGGAUCGGUUUAGAAUUGCAAAUCCAAGCUUAAGACA